AGACGAGCCGCGAUUCGAGUCUUUUGAUGUGUAUAAAACCGAGAGGAGCAGCAACGAGUCGAUCAGUGUAACARCAUUUGGCGUUUACAAAGCUAAUCUUGAGUGAUAACCAAAACAGAGUGACUAGCUGACAUUAGCUAAAGAAUUCAGAUUUUUUGAAGUGUAGGAAAAAGUAUAAACAAAUUAAAACAACAAAAUGCCUUGUCCAUGUGGAAGCGGUUGCAAAUGCGGUUCGGAGCCUAAGACUGGCAAUUGCGGUUGUGGGUCGGCCUGCAAAUGCUGUCCCUGUGGAAGCGCUUGCAAAUGCGGCUCACAAUCACAAAGUGGCAGCUGCGGUUGCGGCUCAGGCUGUAAAUGUGGCCAGUAGAGGAGUGCAAAUAACCGUACCUUAUUAUUAUAUUUAAGCUAUAUUACUUCUAAUUUAUUUUCAUAAUAUAAUUAUAUGCAUACAUAUGUACAUGUAAUGAGAAACAUUUGUUUAUGCRUACAUACAUACAUUAAUGUAAGGCUUGUGCGCUUGAUAUCAAAAUAAACCUAUCACAUUUCUUUAUCAAUAAAUAACAGAAAGAAACAAA